GUAGUUACUGCAGUUGCUAUUAAUGUAGUUAUAAAUAUAUCCACAGUGAUUAUUCCAGAGAAAUAUGACUUGAGUUUUGAAGGGAGCCAUGCUAGUAAGACUGCCUGUAAUUGUUCACAGGAGAAAAGAUUAAUAAAAG